AUGCCCACUCCUCGACCGGUAACACCACUGCCUACACCACAACCAACUAUCCCUGCAAUCCUUCCAGUGAGACCGACCAAUCCACCGACCCCACAACCCACUCAGGCAACUCCAAAAGCCACGCCUGUUCCAACCAAUCAGCCAACACCCCGGCCAACCAGGAAAGCAACACCAAGACCCACCAAAGAGCCAACUCCACUCCCAACUACCAGGGAGCCCACACCUCAACCAACCAAUGAGCCAACCCCUCGGCCAACAACUCCCGUGCCCACUAACCGGCCCACUCCUGCACCGUUGCCUCCGACACAGCCCCUUUUUCCGGAAUGUGAAGACAUGGCUCGAAGCGAAGCACUCUUGAUGGCCAUUGCACCCAUCACCAUGGAUGAGACAGUCCUGACGGAUCCCAACACGCCUCAGGCCCAAGCCUAUGUUUGGAUGCUGCAGGAAGAUCCAGCACAAAUUGAUCCUUGCACGUAUCCAACUCCGGGGCAGAGAUACAUUCUGGCAACCUUCUACUUUGCCACUCGAGGUAACUCAUGGGAUGCCAGCAAUGGUUGGCUCUCGGAAGACGGAGAAUGCAUUUGGCUUGGAAUCAAUUGCAAUGGCAGUGGUGGUGUGACCCGGUUGGAACUUCGUUGGAACUUCGUUGGAACUUCGUUGGAACUUCGAGAGAACUCUCUCGGUGGCUCUCUGCCCCCUGAAGUGGGAAAAAUAAGGUUUCUUCGUCGUCUCGAUGUUUCGGGGAACUCCAUUGAGGGUCCUCUUGUAGAAUUGCCAUCUACUCUAGUCUUUCUAGAUGUGGAAGGCAACUCCAUGAUAUUCCAAGUCGAAUUGGCUCUCUCACAAAUCUGGAGGAGCUCUGGAUGGCAAACAAUCAGUUUGAAGGCGCGACGAUCCCUCCCGAAAUUGGAAACUUGGAAAAACUGUAAACAUUGUGCCUUUACACGUCCAAGCUUGGAGGGAGCCUUCCGUCAGAGUUGGGUCGCUUGA